AUGACCAAACCUAGUCUGCUUGAGCUCCCGCCGGGAGUUCAGCUCGUAUAUCUAGCCGAGGGGGGUGCUAAUGUGGUCUAUCGCUUCGUUUCGGCGGUGAAAUCUCCCCUCGCAGCCAAGAGAGAUCCUCGGAAGCUUUUAUCCCCCGUUGCAUUUGAAGCAGCGGAGCGGUUCACAGGGAAACUACUUCGUCUGCGCAAAGACACGGCCGCUAAUGUCCCGUACAAAGAGAUUGUGCAAAACUUCAAUACCAUUGUGCGCCCGCUCUUCAAGGCCGAUGAGCUGGUCGACCAGACGCUUAUCCGAUUGCCAGACGGUCUGAUCCACCGCUGCAAUGAGCAGCUUCGCCUCGCCGAAGUGAGCGGUGGGAGGCCCAAGAAACGACAUGGCGGGUAUCUGAGUCUGACGGAGCCAUUUGGACUCCUUGUCACCGAUAUGACGACCUUUGAUGAACCAGGCUCGACUUUAGCAGAGCUGAAACCAAAAUGGCUUGUCCAAUCUCCUUCGGCGCCCACGACAGCACACAGAUGUCGAACUUGCGCGUUGAGGGAAAUGAAGAAUUACGAUGCAUCUCUUAUGGGGCAGAAAGAACAGCGAUCCUUUUGCCCUCUAGACCUCGUAUCCGAAACCUUCGAGGAUGUCCUCCGAGCCACCACUUUCAUCAAAGGAUGCAGCGAUCGAACACGGCUGGCUAGCAUCUUAUUCAACAAUCCCACGCUUCAGAAACUACUAUCACAUCAGAGUGCCUACCACAAAGUUGGCCUACACGGACCUCCCCCGCAGUCCCGGGAGACUUCCCUCGAUAUGACGCUUCGAGAUUGCACAAUGUAUAUCAAGGUAUGUACCUAUUCUGAUACACUCUCCAAAGAUAUCGUGGCGACUGACGUUAGGCAACAGAUCCCUAAGGACGAGAAACUUCCCGUCGAAAUCCGUCUCGGAGACCUUGACCUCAAAACGGGUGCUGGGGGCAAAGCCGAGUACUGGCGAGACAUCGAAAUUCAAUUGAUCGAAGGAGGCUGGUAUGACGGGCUCAACAGUACCCAGGAAGCCAGUGAAUGUGUUCUGCACAUCUCACCCGCUAUUCAGCGCCCGACAGCCUGA